GUACCAAUAGAAAUGCAUUUACCGAAACAGUGGUCUAGGAGUAGUAAAAGAAUUUUAGAAAUCACAAACGAGCAUCUUCAGAAAUAUGCACAUUUAUUAAAAUGGAGAAACAAUGCAUCGAUUUUAGAAUGUGGAAUCGCUACGGGAGAAAAUUCGCUAAAAAGUAUUAUUCCAAUUCUUCCACAAGAUUAUAAGGAAUAUGUUGCUACUGAUAAAUCACAAAUUAUGCUCCAAUACGCUAAGAAUAUUAUCAAGAUACCGAGAUCCAUUGUCUGCCAACUUGAUGUUAACGUACGACAUCCGCCAUUAAACAUGGAAGAUAGGUUUGAUCAUAUUUUUGGAUUUUUUCUUAUUCAUAUGACCGAUAAUCCAAGGCAAGCAUUUAGAAACUUUCAUAGGAUGCUUAAACCAGGAGGUUCACUGUUUCUAAAUUUUUAUGAACGCCUUCCAGUAGAUAUGAUGUUUCAUAAUUUAAGAUCUCAUCCAAAGUGGGGGAAAUAUCACCAGGAAGAUGCCGUUUCAGUAUAUUAUUAUACACAAAAUCCGAAAGAGGAAUACAGAAAAGACAUAGAAGCAGCUGGGUUUAAGAACUAUGUUUACAAUAACGAAAAUCACCGUCACGUGUUUAAGUCUGAAGAUGAGUUUAGAGAUCUUUAUACGUCUGUAAAUCCAAUUCUGCAUAACAUACCGAAAGAAGAAUAUGACGAAUAUAUUGAGGAUUACAUAACACAAUAUACCCCUAAUUUUGUUAUAACUUACGAAGAUGGAGAACGAACAAUUUCAACUGAUUAUAAGAUGUUUGUGUUUCAUGCAACCAAAACUAUUUAAGUCAUAAGCAGAAUAAAUAUGUUGGAUUUCUUAUUAAAAUUUUAA